CACUUUUACCGUCCAACACCCAUGUGAGGCACCAAUAACAUGGGGCUAAAUUACCAGCACCUAUUUGCUGCGUCCCCUGCCAGAGCCUGAACUCCUCUGUUUACGGCCCUGACCUAACAUCCCAUUCUCCCCCCAGCCAUGGUCCCGAAUCCGGCACUCUGAAAACCCUCAUCCCGCUUUUCUCACAAGACUGUGAGGUCUCACCCGUGGAUUGGAUGGGGACGACAAAGAAGAACAUCUUUUCCUGAGUGGGAUUUAACAUCAACUGGGUGAAACCGUCCAAAAAAGAUUACACAAGCAAAAUCAAAGGACAUUCGGCUGAAGUACCACCAUGGCUCUGGCAACUAAAGGUCCCAUAAUGAAGCCCAUCCCUCCCACCGCUGCAGAUUCCUCGGUUAGGGCAGCGCACCCAGACUUACCUACGGCCCGGAGCUAUGGAAUUUUACGAAUCAUGAAUCGUCCGGCGCAAUGGGUGGUCAUCAUCACACUUUUGAUCUCUUGGUCAAUAGCAGGUGUUGUCAUGUUUGACUUCGUCAGUGACGAUCAGAUUGCAAGCAUUCAAGAUUUCGGCUCUGAUCCGGUGCUAGGAGUGAACAAAGCCAUUGAAGGCAUUGAAAACAGGAUAAACCGUAUGAAUGAUAUGUUUAACGAUGCUCAAGAGUACGUCACUGAAAUAAUAUUUAAUCCGGUGGGAGCUAUUAGUUCAGCUGCUGACUCCUCUGUGUCUUGUCUGUCAGGAAUAUUUAGUACCGAUGGAGAUUCAGGAAUCACUGAAACGGUGAAAUAUGGGGGCACUGUAUUAGAUGAGGCUACAGAAUGGAUCAGAUCCCCAGUGGGCUAUGUAUUCCACUUAUUUGAAGACAUUCUGGAUAUAGCGCUUGCUCCAGUGGAUAUUAUCAGUGAAGCUCUUGUGCAAAUCUUAAGUGGGAUCAAGAGUGUUAUACAGUAUAUUUCAACCAUGCUUGGGGGCAUUGAAGACCUAACAGGGGACACAGGCAUCACUGAAACAGUGAAACUUGGUGGCAAUGUAUUGGAUGAGGCUACCGACUGGAUUAGAUUCCCAGUGGCCUACUUAUUCCACUUAUUCGAAGACAUCCUGGAUGUAGCAAUCAUUUAUCCAGCAGAUAUUGCCAGUGAAGCAGCUCUGCAAAUUUUAAGUGGGAUCAAGACCAUUUCUUCUAGCAUAUUCGGGAACCUUGAAGCUUGGUUUCCCAAAAUGAGUACUGAUCCUGCGGAGCUGGCUGAAGUAGUUGUAGAGGAGGCCACAGAAGUAAAGACCACCGUUUCUAAUUACCUAUCCAAUCUGUUUGCAGCGGAUGAAGGUGGUAUUCCUGACAUUAGCUUUGAUCCCGUGAAAGUCGUCACAGACACUGUUGAGGAGUUUGCUGACAGGAGAGAUAUGUUCUUGGCCUAUCUCUCAAACAUGCUCAUGGAGGACAAAGAUGACACACCGCAAGUGAUAAGACGAAAAGGAGAGUUUUUGCCCCCAAUGGAAAAAGUUCUUGAACAAGUGAAAGAAGCCAAAGAGAAAAAAGCUAGAGAGGAGAUAUACAAAAUCAUUCAAGAUAUGAGGGAGAAGAAGGCUGAUCUUGAAGAGGAAGAGAUAACGCUGCAACAAAUAAACAUAACAGUAGAAAAAGUCAAGAAAAAAGAAGAUGAGAAAAAGGAGAUAGAAAAGGCUAAAAGAAAACAAAAAUCCAAAGAGGACAAGACUAGAGAACCAACAAUAAAGGACACCAAGAAAAAACCUGACAAAAAGGUGACUAAAGUGGAUGAGGAACCUCUUCUAAAAAAGAAGAAAUCUGGACCUGAGAAAAAGGUUAAGCCAGCAAAGAAAGAUGUUGAGAUGGCCAAAGACAAAAUCAAAGCAUUACCUGUAAAGAAAGGUGAAGUGGCCAAAAAAGAGACCAAACCAACACCAUCUAAAAAAGAGGCUGAAGUUACAAAAGAAAAGGCCAAACCAGCUCGUUCAAAGAAAGAAAAAGCUGAGGUUAUUAAAGAAAAGGCCAAACCAGCUCCAAAAGGAAAAGUUGCUGAGGUUGUCAAGGAAAAAGCUAAACCAGUACUGAAGGCUCAAGCUCCCAAGGAAAAAGCUAAACCUGUGAAGAAAGAAGCUAAAGCCAAGGAUAAACCACCAGCACCUGUUAAAAAAGAGCCUGAGGUGCCUAAAGAGAAGACCAAACUGAAGCCCCCAACGAAAGCAGCUGAAGUGAAAGAAAAACCUGUCCCUGCGAAGAAAGCCAAAGCCCCAACAGUGAAAGACAAAGCUGCUCCGGUAAAGAAAGAGGCUAAAGCUCCCAAGGACAAAAUUAAACCGGCCCUUUUGAAGAAAGAGCCUGAUGUUUCUAAAGAGAAAGAAAAACCACCAACUGCCAAGAAAGAAGAGAAGCCAGCACCUGCUCCUGUUAAAAAAGAGCCUGCAGUUGCAGAAGAGAAAAUCAAACCAGUACCUUCAAAGAAAGAUACCGAAGCUACUAAGGAGAAAGCGAAACCAGCUCCAGUUAAAAAAGAGCCUGAAGUUUCUAAAGAAAAAGCCAAGCCAGAACCUUCAAAGAAAGAGGCGGAAGCUGUUGAAGAGAAGGCAAAACCAGCCCAGGCUAAAAAAGAGCCUGAAAUUAUUAAAGAGAAGGUGAAACCUCCAAAGAAAGAAGCUGUAAAAGAAAAGCCCAAAGGUACUUCUGUAAAGAAAGAACCUGAAGUUCCAAAAGAAAAGGCAAAACCUGAACCUACCAAAAAAGAGGCAGAAGUUGCCAAGGACAAACUUAAACCUGUAGCUGUAAAGAAAGAAUCUGCUGCUGCAGUUGAAAAGGCAAAACCUAAACCUGCACCAAAGAAAGAACCUGAAGUUACCAAAGAGAAGGCUAAACCAGAACCUGCAAAGAAAGAACCUGAAAUAACCAAAGAAAAACCCAGGGCGCCCAAGAAAGAGGCUAAAGUCAUUAAGGAGGAAGCUAAACCAGUUCCUGUAAAGAAAGAGGUCAUUAAGGAGAAAGUUAAACCAGCUCCUGUAAAGAAAGAGCCUGAAGUAGCUAAAGAGAAGACACCUGAACCAAAACCAAAAAAAGAGCCUGAAGUUAUUAAAGAGAAACCAGCACCUCCAAAGAAACCUGAGGUUCCAAAGGACAAGGCAAAACCAGUCCCAGAAAAGAAAGCACCUGAAAUAAUCAAAGAAAAAGCAAAACAAGCUCCAAAGAAAGAAGCUGAAGUCAUCAAAGAGAAAGUAAAACCAGCCCCUGAGAAGAAAGAGGCUGAAGUCAUUAAGGAGACUGUAGCUCCUGUAAAGAAAGAGCCUGACGCUGCAAAAGAAAAGGCACCAGAACCCAAACCCAAACCCACAGAGAAAGUUGAGGUUCCAAAGGGAAAGGAAAAAACAGUCCCUGAAAAGAAAGAACCUGAAAAAACUAAAGAAAAACCUAAGCCUGUCCCAAAGAUAAAAGAGGCUGAAGUCAUCAUCAAAGAGAAAGCUAAACCAGCUCCUGAGAAGAAAGAGCCUCAAGUCAUUAAGGAAAAAGUUAAAGCAGCUCUUGAGAAAAAAGAGACUGAAGUCAAGGAGAAAGCAAAACCAACUCCUGUAAAGAAAGAAACUGAAGUUAUCAAAGAAAAAGCCAAACCAGCCCCUGAGAAAAAAGAGGUUGAAGUCACCAAGGAGAAAGCUAAACCAGCCCCUAAGAAGAAAGAGGCUGACGUCAUCAAAGAGAAAGCUAAACCAGCUCCUGAGAAGAAAGAGGCCGUAGUUGUUAAGGAGAAAGCUAAACCAGCCCCUGAGAAGAAAGAGGCUGAAGUCAUCAAAGAGAAAGUUCAGCCAGCUCCUAAAAAGAAAGAGCCUGAAGUUGCUAAAGAGAAAGCUAAACCGACCCCUGAAAAGAAAGAGGCUGAAGUCAUCAAGGAGAAAACUACAGCAGCCUCUGUAAAGCAAGAACCUGAGAUAAUUCAAGAAAAACCCAAGCCAGCACCAAAGAAAGAACCUGAAGUUAAAGAAAAGGCUAAACCGGUCCCUAAGCCGAAAGAAGCUGUUGUCAUCAAGGAAAAAGCUAAACCAGCCCCCGAGAAGAAAGAGGCUAAAGUCAUCAAGGAGAAAACUAAACCAGCUCCUGUAAAGAAAGAGCCUGAAGCUGUUAAAGAAAAGGCUCCAGAACCAAAACCCAAAAAAGAGACUGAAGUCAUCAAAGAGAAGGCUAAAGCCGUCCCUAAGAAAAAAGAGGCUGAAAUUAUUAAGGAGAAAGUUAAACCAGCUCCUAUAAAGAAAGAGCCAGGGGUUCCUAAAGAAAAGGCGCUUGAACCAACGCCAGAACCUACAAAGAGAGUUGAAGCUCCAAAGGAAAGGGCGAAACCUUUCCCUAAAGAAAAAGCACCUGAGAUAACUAAAGAAAAAACAAAACCAAAGAAAGAGCCUGAAGUCAAGGAAAAAGCUAAACCAGCCCCUAAGAAGAAAGAGGCUGAAGUCAUCAAGGAGAAAGUUAAACCAGCUCCUGUAAAGAAAGUUCCUAAAGAAAAAGCUUCUGAACCAAAACCCAAAAGAGCACCUGAAGUCAUCAAAGAGAAAGUAAAACCAGCCCCUGAAAAGAAAGAGGCUGAGGUCAAGGAGAAAGCUAAACCGGCCCCUGAGAAGAAAGAGGCUGAAGUCAUCAAGGAGAAAGUUAAACCGGCUCCUGUAAAGAAAAAGCCUGAAGUUCCUAAAGAAAAGGUUCCUGAACUGAAAGUCAAAAAAGAAGCAGUCAUUAAAGAGAAAGUAAAACCAGCCCCUGAGAAGAAAGAGGCUGAAGUCAAACCAGCUCCUGUAAAGAAAGAAGUCAUCAAGGAGAAACCUAAACCAGCCCCUGAAAAGAAAGAGGCUGAAGUCAUCAAGGAGAAAGUUAAACCAGCUCCUGUAAAGAAAGAAGUCAUCAAAGAGAAACCUAAACCAGCCCCUGAAAAGAAAGAGGCUGAAGUCAUCAAGGAGAAAGUUAAAACGGCUCCUGUAAAGAAAGAGCCUGAAGUUGCUAAAGAAAAGGCACCUGAAAAGGCACCAAGAAUAGCACCUGAGAUAACCAAAGAAAAGCCAACGCCAGCACCAAAGAAAGAGGCUGAAGUCAUCAAAGAGAAAGCUAAACCAGCUCCUGAGAAGAAAGAGGCUGAAAUCACCAAGGAGAAACCUAAACCAGCUCCUGAGAAGAAAGAAGCUGAAGUCAUCACAAAGAAAUUAAAACCGGCUCCUGUAAAGAAAGAGCCUGAAGUUGCUAAAGAAAAGGCCCCUGAACUGGCACCAAAAAUAGCCCCCGAGAUAAUCAAAGAAAAGCCAAAGCCAGCCCCAAAGAAAGAGGCUGAAGUCAUCAAAGAGAAACCUAAACCAGCCACUGAGAAGAAAGAGGCUGAAGUCAUCAAGGAGAAAGUUAAGCCAGCUCCUUUAAAGAAAGAACCUGAAGUUCGUAAAGAAAAGGCAGUGCCAGAACCUACAAAGAAAGUUGAGGUUCCAAAGGAAAAGGCAAAACCGGUUCUUAAAGAAAAAGAACCCAAAAUAACCAAAGAAAAACCAAAGCCAGCUCCAAAGAAAGAAGCUGUAGAAGAAGCUAAAGCAGCCCCCGUGAAGGAAGAGGCUGUAAUUAUCAAAGAGAAAGCGAAACCAACUUCUGUUAAGAAAGAGGCUGAAGUCAUCAAGGAGAAAGCUGAACCAGCUCUUGAAAAGAAAGAUGAUGUCAGCCUUAUUGGUUUGGACUUGGAGCUCCUGAACUCUAUCAACCAAAAGCUGUCUCUUCUGGACUUACUGAGGAAGGACAUUGGUGAAAUGAAGAGUGAUCUGGAGACCACUCAAAAUCAAAUCACACUUUUACGGAUGGACAACAGAACAAUCAAAGAGCCAGAGACUGUUGGUAUAAAAGUUAAACCUAUGGUCUCCAAGGAAAAGGUGAAAACAGCAAAAAAAGACCAUGAUGCUCUGAUGAACGUUACUAAGACAGCACAUAUUAAAGCAGAACGUAAUGCACUGAAAAACAUCACUAAACCAGCACCUGCAAAGAAAGACAAAGAGGCUCCAAAAGCUAAGAUCAGACCAGAACCCAAAAAGAAAGAAAUCAUCCAGGAGAAGGUCAAAGAAGUAAAGGAACCUUUGCAGAAAGAACCUGAGCAGGUCGAACAAAAAAGAGUAUUCGAGCCAACUGAGAAGGAACCUGUUGUGGACAAGGAAGUAAAACAAGAAGAACCUGAUGUCACCAAAGAUAUUCCAGAGAUAGAGGAGGAGGACGUUCCCUACUUCCAGUGUUUCUUUGUGGAUGAGGAUGACACUCAGUAUCCGUUCUUCCCCUUUUCACCACCGCUGUGGUGAGUUCAGAUAAACCUCGCGGCCUGACGUCAAACGACACGGCGAAGCCGGCGAAGACGGCCCUGUGAACGCCGAAGAUCCUGCUGCUCUGAUGCAGCGGAGGGCUUCACAGUAGGUCCUACAGCAUUACACCAGCGACGACCAAGAAAUGUGAAAGAUUUCAGUCACUUCCUGGAUUAAAACCGGAAAACUUCCUUCUCAAAAUCUUUGUCAUUUUGAUGGACAGAGCUUGCACUAUUUAUUAUAGAACCUUAAGGCUAUCCGCUUUCUUAUUAAUACCAUGGAUUUUCCUUUCGUUUCCGAAUAAUUCAUUUCUAGUUUUUUGUCCCAGAAGGAAUGCGAGUAUAGUUUGUCCAGACAGAGCUGACCUGAAGCGAUGAAAGAACUAACUUCCUUUCUGAACGCUGCAGUGCGUUCAGGAUUGUAAUAUUUUAUAUAUAUAUAUACACACACAAGGUACAUAACCUCAUUUUGAUGGGGUGCUAAUUCAAAGCAUUCCACUGUGUUUUUCUGUCAGAAUGGGGUUUGAAAGUUGUUCGCGUUUCGCACAACUGGAAGGGAGGAUUAAUUCAUCAAGUGAACAACUAUUUCAUGUAUCUUUUCUUAGUAAAACUGUUUACCGAAGCGUUUACAGAAGUAACAGCUGCACUGAGAAAUAAGAGCUUUCCACGGUAAGCUCAGUUCCUCUGAAUGUAUACAUUUUAUUUUUUUUAUUUUAUUUGUCAUAUUUUUUUUUAUGUAUAUAAACCUGUACUUUACAGAGGAAACAAAUAUGUUUUAUUCAGUGCUCUUUAUAAAUGAACACGCUGGAUUUGUGCAUAACAAAAUUCAACUAAAAUGUGGUGCUAAAUCCAAGAAUAUGAAUGCAACUGCAUUGUUUUAAUGUAUUACAUUGCGAACACUGCUGUUUGUACAUUUCUCUGCAUAACAAUAGUUUAUGUACGAUAAUGUCUGUACAAAUGCAGAUGAGUGUUUGCGAUAGUACAUGGAUAGUCCUACCUAAUGUAGAGCAGCCGAUUAAAUGGCUUUCUGAAUUGUCUAUUGCACAUUGUACUUAUACAGAAGAUAAAAUGAUGUGCCGGAUGAAAGGUAUUGCAUGCAACCGCGGUGUUUCUCAGCACUGCCUCUGGUGGCUCGCUGGCUCGUUACUUCAUUACUUGAUUUAAUGACGUUAGUGAGCGUUUAAUGGUGUGUACUAGAGAGACACACCAUUAAACUGGUGUGCCGGUGGGCCGCCCCAGAGACAUUUUCUUUUACUGCCACUGUCUUUUCUGCAGGAGUUCAGCAUGUGGCUCCAUUGAAAAUAAACUCACGUCUGUACAAAGAGCUUUUUUUUUUCCUCUGAUGUGCAGUAACUUGGGGUGACUGUAGAUUCUAUUUUCCCCAGACAUGUCCUGACUAGGAUUUCUAAAUGGCCUAAAAUGGAUGGGUUAUGGCUUUGUUUUUGUGCUCGCUGAAGGUGAAAAGUAGUUCGUGAAGGCGCUGUGCUUAAUUGACCAGUUGUGGGAUCUACAGAGAACGGUCAAGGCAAUGCAAAUACAUGUACGUAGAAUGUAUGAGGACUGUAAAUAGGAAUCAGUAAGGAAGCGAAGCCUAAAUCUGGGCAUUUCAGGCAAAAUAUCAAUACUAGCCAGGAUGUGUCUGGGAAAAAGAUGAUGUAUAGUCACCUGCACAAAUGCAUAUUAUAGCAAUGCUCAGUUGUAACAGAAAUAAUAGGUCUCUUUUGGACUUUUUUAAAAGAUAGCUACUUUAACCAUGGUAGAUUAUUAACUUGUUGGUGUGUUUACAUGCAAACUGUGCAGCAACGAAUAACAGCUUUUUUUUCAAUAGUUCAUAUAGUUCUUUAAAAUUGGCAUAGUGUCAUUUUUAAAUGUAAUUUACAGUUCGUAUUUGAAAAAUAUGUUCCUCAAAGAAAAUAGUUUUGCAUGAUGUUUGCAUGAAUUGAAAAAUGCAUUUAAACCAGACCGUUUAAUUUGUGUUUUGCGAUGAGCUAAAAUGCAUAAUGUAAUAUUGUAUUCAUUUUUUUUUUUCCUUUUGCAUGGUUUUGCGGUCAGAUAGGAUUGUUCUCUGCACAAUGUAUAGCCGUACUGAAUUCAUAUUCAUAAAGCUCUCCAGAGAAUCAACAAUAUGGUCAGUAUGCAAAAUCAAACCGGCCUGUAUGAAAUGUAAAUGUUAUUUGAACUGUAAAGCAGCUGUAAAUGUAAUACAGACUUGAUUAGGUCUGAUUUAGAAGAAAUAAAUGUUUGCAAUAAUCACAA